UGAGGGUCUGUGAGGGUUAACUGAGGCUUCACCUGAACCAGGAAACAAAACAAGUUACAGUGCAGCUCCCCGUCCUCCCUCCUCCUCUCUCUGUGUGAAGACACUUCCUGUUCCCCUUCAGCUCUGCAGUUGUUAGAAUGGGUGUAACAACUGUGUGCUGACAGGCGCCACUCCCUGCAUGUUGUUGUGAUCGGAGCUGAAAACCAGUUUCACUUCUCAGGAAGUCAGACACAGACAGGCUUCGUCUCUGAGAGGUGAAAUGGCGCAGAAAGGAGUUCAGCUGGACAAGGAGUCUUUCUCCUGUUCGAUCUGUUUGGAUCCACUGAAGGAUCCUGUGACUCUAACCUGUGGACACAGCUACUGCAUGGACUGUAUUAACAGCCACUGGGAUGAAGAGGAUCAGAAACUGGUCUACAGCUGCCCUCAGUGCAGGAAGACCUUCAGACCAAGGCCUGUCCUGCUGAGAAGCACCGUGUUAGCAGAUUUAGUGGAGCAGCUGAAGAAGACUGGCCUCCAAGCUGCUCCUGCUGACCACUGCUAUGCUGGACCUGGAGAUGUGGCCUGUGAUGUCUGCAGCGGGAGAAAACUGAAAGCUCAGAAGUCCUGUCUCGUCUGUUUGGUGUCGUACUGUAAGCAACACCUCCAGCCUCAUUAUGAUGUCCCUCAAUUAAAGAAACACAAGCUGGUGGAGCCCUCCGAGAAGCUGCAGGAGAACAUCUGCUCUCAGCACGAUGAGGUGAUGAAGAUGUUCUGCCGGACCGAUCGGCAGUCUAUCUGUUAUCUCUGCUCUGUGGACCAACAUAAAGGCCACGACACGGUCUCAGCUGCAGCAGAAAGGAGCGAGAGGCAGAAAGAGCUGGAGGUGAGUCGACUCAACAUCCAGCAGAGAAUCCAGGACAGAGAGAAAGAUGUGAAGCUGCUUCAACAGGAGCUGGAGGCCAUCAAUCUCUCUGCUGAUAAAGCAGUGGAGGACAGUGAGAAGAUGUUCACUGAGCUGAUCCGUCUCAUGCAGAAAAGAAGCUCUGAGGUGAAGCGGCAGGUCAGAUCCCAGCAGGAAACUGAAGUGAGUGGAGUCAAAGAGGUGGAGGAGAAGCUGCAGCAGGAGAUCAGAGAGCUGAAGAGUAAAGACGCUGAACUGAAGAAGCUCUCAAACACAGAGGACCACAACCAGUUUCUCCACAGCUACCCCUCACUGUCAGCACUCAGCCCGUCUACAUCCAGCAUCCAGAUCCGUCCUCGCCGCCGCUUUGACCACGUGACAGCGGCCGUGUCACGAGUCAGAGACAUACUGCAGGACGUCCUGAGAAACAAAUGGACAGACGUCUCACCGACUGAAGUGGAUGUUUUACUGCCGGCAGCAGAGCCAAAGACCAGAGCUGAGUUCUUACAGUAUUCACGAGAAAUCACUCUGGAUCCAAACACAGCAUUCAGACGGCUGGUUUUAUCUGAAGGGAACAGGAAAGUUACAUUAAGAAGUCAAGACCAGUCUUAUUCUGAUCAUCCAGACAGAUUCACUGACUGUUAUCAGGUCCUGAGUAGAGAGAGUCUGACUGGACGUUGUUACUGGGAGGUGAAGUGGAGAGGGACAGGAGGAGUUUCUGUAGCAGUCUCAUACAAGAACAUCAGCAGAGCAGGGAGGUCAGAUGACUGUAGGUUUGGAUCUAAUAACAAAUCUUGGGCGUUAUAUUGUUCCAAUGACAGUUAUAACUUUCGGUACAACAACGUCCAAACUCCCGUCUCAGGUCCUCGGUCCUCCAGAGUGGGAGUGUUCCUGGAUCACAGUGCAGGUAUUCUGUCCUUCUACAGCGUCUCUGAAACCAUGACCCUCCUCCACAGAGUCCAGACCACGUUCACUCAGCCGCUCCACGCUGGAGUUUAUGUUUAUUGGUUUCGUGGACUCUCUGCUGAGUUCUGUAGACUCAAAUAAACAGAAAUGAUGUAAAGCAGUAGUUAGAAGGACGAGGUACCAUGGUCGUUUUCAGUCUUUAUAUUGCAAUUUUUUGGGAUAUUUACAUCUUUUUUUGUAAUUAUGUGUCUAUUUUGGUAAUUUUGUGUCUUUUUUUGGUACUCUGGUAUAGUUUUAUAGUUGCUUUUACAAGAAUAACAUUUUAACUCUAACUUGUUUUUUUUGUUUGCUUUGCUGGAGUAAAUGAUCUAAAUACUUCCUCCUCCUCUGUGUUUGGUGAACAAAAAAUAAUUGUUUGUUUGUUUUUCCAUUAGAAACAACAGUGGCAUCAUGUAAACAAACUGGUAUUUUAAGAGUUAAAAUUGAGAAAAUAAAGAUAUAUGUGGUUGUUAUGAUCAGAACUACUGCUGGGGAAAAUAUGUAACUCUGUGAAAGUGAAAAAUAAUUAAUAUUUCCAUAGCAGUUUGAAAAAAUGUCAA